AUGAGUAGGAAUUCACUUCGAAUUAACACCGGUUUGAAAAAACAAGAAGUUAAAGAGGCAAACAUUCAAGUUGCCGUCCGUUGUAGAGGCAUCAAUAGACGUGACAGCGCAAAACGGAGGAAGGAAAGCGAGUUCUCUGUGGACCCUUCAAGGUCACAAAUUAAAUCCCUUAAAGAGCACGGGAAGACAUAUACUUUUGACCGGGUUUUUGGCGAAAAGUCAACACAGGCUGAUAUUUUUAAAGAAAUAGUAGCCCCUAUGCUUGUGGAAGUUCUAUCGGGAUAUAAUUGUAGCAUCUUAGCAUACGGAAUGACAGGAACAGGCAAAACUUAUACAAUGGAAGGUGGAGACCCUUCGACUAUACCAAUUAUAGUGAACAAUUGCCCUAGUCAAGACGCCGGUAUAAUUCCGCGCACUUUAAUCGAACUCUUUAACUACCUCUCAAAGUUCUCCGAAUAUAGCGUGAAACUUUCUUUUAUCGAACUCUAUAAUGAGCAGCCAAGAGAUUUGCUCUCGACUGAAAACAGCUCUGAACAAAUUAAAAUUUAUGACGAUGCUCGCAAAGGAGGUGUUGUGAUACAAAAUCUGGAGGAAGUUCUAUUAAAAGAUGCGAUGCACGGCAUCAAUAUUCUCAAACAAGGUUCUGAAAGGCGACGAAAAGCUGUGACUAAUUAUAAUGCACGAUCAAGUCGUUCACAUUGUGUCUUUACGAUUACGAUACAUAUUAAAGAAACCACCACGGAAGGUGAAGAACUUUUAAAAGUGGGCAAGUUUAAUUUAGUAGACUUAGCGGGAUCUGAAAAUAUUGGGCGUUCUGGUGCGGAAGAUGCACACGCAAAAGAAGCAGGUUCUAUCAAUAAAAGUCUACUAACUCUGGGACGAGUUAUUGACAAACUUGUUAGCGACUCAGCACACGUCCCUUACAGGGAUAGCAACUUGACGCGGAUCUUGCAAGAUUCUUUGGGUGGCCGAACAAAGACAUGUAUCAUCGCAACUAUAUCUCCGAGUAGAAAUUCUUAUGACGAAACUCUAAGUACCUUGGAAUAUGCACAUCGUGCAAAACAAAUUAAAAAUAAACCGGAGAUUAAUCAAAAACUUACAAAGACGGUAUUAUUAAAAGAAUAUGUGGAUCAAAUAGAACGUCUUAAAGCUGAUUUGCAGGCUACGAGAGAUAGAAACGGUAUAUUUCUCUCACCUGAAUCUUGGCGAGCAACUCAAGACGAGAUUCAAGAUUUAAAAGCGUCGGCUAAAGACCUUCAGGAUAAUAUAAAACAGCAUCAAAAAGAAAAUCAUGAGCUUCAUGAUAAAAUAGGAUGUAUGGAACUCGUCGAAAUCAGCAAUCGUAAGGCGGUGGCAGAAUUUCAAGGAACAUUUUUGUCAAUGGCUUCAGGACUCGAAGCUGCUAUUAGCAAGUCAAAAACUAUGAAUCUUGAACUUAACGAGGCUAUGCACAAUCAAGUAUAUACAUUCUCAGAUCAGGCACAAAAGAAUUUGAUUGAUAGCCAAAAAUAUAUCGACAUAGGAUUCGACCAGCUUGAUAAACGUCGUCAAGAGAUCGAGCAAUUUGCUGUAGAUCAAAAUAAGUCAUAUAAGGAACUUUAUGAUGAGCAAACACGACUAUUCCUGGAGUAUCGAGAUGCGAAUCUUGAAGCUCAAAACAAUCUCAAUUCUAAUUUUCAAGGCAUUUUACAAGGCUUACGGCAAGUGCUUGACAAUCACUUUUCUAAGAUAAAUACUUGCCAUGAGAAAGUCAAUGAAGAAAUGUCAUCUCUAACGAAAGUUACCCAGAAACACAUUGAAUCUCAAAACACUACGAUCGAGCUAUUACAAAAUGCUUUGAUGGAUACCGUAACUUCACAGCAAAAACGCCGGGAACUAUUUUAUUCGGAAAUCACCGAUAAAAUAAAUCUAUUUGAAAAAGAAGACUGUGAAGAUAUCCUUUUUUAUGUUCGGUUCAAUCAAAAAGACCACCUGAGCACUUUUGGAAGAUCUUAUGAAUUGACGAAAGGUCAUUUAACAUCACUUGAGCAGGAACCAAAUGGAGAAUUAAAAACAAAACUCGAGUCGAUUCAAAACGAAAUAAAGUCUCACAGCGAUUUAUCAAUAACUACCGCGAAUUCUGCUUCGGCUGCAUUGACUUCAACAAAUGAUUCUGCUGAUAAAACUCUGGAAAGGCUUGGACAAGAACACUCCAAAUCACUUGGAACAUUCAGUAGUGAUAUCAAGAAAACAUAUUCUGACAUGAGAGUUCCACUUGUUAAUAUUCAAAAUGGAUUACAGAAUUCAUUAAUACCUUUCGAAAAAAUGACACGCGAGAAAGCGGGUAAAACGCAAAGAGUCUAUGAUGAUGCUAUGUCAUAUAUGCAACAAACUCGGAAUGAAGUCCACUCACUUCUGACAGAGAAAGUAAAGUCUGACGUCUCCAAGAAAAGAACGAAUUCUCGUGUCCCUGUACCUAUUUCUGUUACCUUUAAACGACAGAAGAUUGAUAAUGAAGAUGCUAUGUCAAACUUAUAA